GCCACUCAAGCUCGUAGGAGCAACCAAAGAGUGAGCAUGUCCCCUCCAUCUAUGCCGGUGCUCGCCAUGGCCGCCACCGGUGCUGAACUCAUGAAGGCCGAGGCAGAGCUUUGGUGCCACAAUUUCGGCUACCUCAAAUCUGUGGCACCCCGGUGCGCAAUAAAACUUGGGAUCCCCAACGCCAUCCACCGCCACGGCGGCUUGGCAUCCCUGUCAGAGCUGCACGCCGCCAUCCCCAUCGCCGCGAGCAAACGGCCAUGCCUGUCACGUAUCAUGGCGUUCUUGGCCGCCUCUGGUCUUUUCAGAGAGGAGAUCGUCCCAAGUGAUGGCACGGCGGCAGUGGCCGAGCCGUGGUAUCACCUCACGGCGGCAUCCCGCCUCCUGGUUGACGACGAUGACUCUACGGAAGGUCGCAAUUGUGUCUCCCAGCUCUUCACUUCGUGCAGCUCGCCGUUCUACUUUACGGCGUCCCAGAACCUGGCCGAGUGGCUGCAGGAGGAUGACGGAGCCGCGGCGUCGCGGACGCCGUUCACGAUGGCGCAUGGCGCGGAUUUCUACGACGUCGUCCACCGCGACGCGGCGUUCGCCGCGUGCUUCGACGAGGCGAUGGGCUCGGACAGCCGCUUCGUGUUGGAGAUCGUCGUCCGCGAGUACGGCGAGGUGCUGGCCGGGGUGACGUCCCUGGUCGACGUCGGAGGCCACAACGGGACGACGGCGAGGGCCAUUGCCAAGGCCUUCCCGCACGUGAGGUGCUCGGUGCUGGAUCUGCCCCGCGUGGCGGACGCCAUGCCGGCUGAUGGCACUGUUGAGUUCGUUGCAGGCGACAUGAGGGAGUUCAUCCCUCCGGCUGAUGCUGUGUUAUUUAAGUUUGUGCUGCAUAACUGGAGUGAUGAGGAUUGUGUUCAAAUUUUAAAACGGUCCAAGGAAGCUAUUUGUACUCGAGAACCAAAGGGAAAAGUGGUUAUCACAGAAGUUGUCCUAGGAUGUCCGUCUAAAGAAACACUGGAAGCUCAACUUUUGAUGGAUCUAUGCAUGAUGGUGGUACUAGAAGGCAAAGAGAGAACGGAAGAGACAUGGCACAAGAUUUUCCUAGAUGCAUGGUUCACUCAAUACAAGAUUACUCCCAUCUCGGGAACGACCAGGUCACUCAUUGAGGUCUUUCCAUAG